ACUUCACCUCUUUCACACCUUUUCUGUCGAAUGCUGUAAUAAGCGAAAGUGGAAGGCUUCCGAUCGACCUUCUCAACGUCCCUUUAUUGCGCCUUCAGUAUCGCUUCCACGCGCAGAUCUGAUGAUACUCCGCAAUCUCUAGAAAUCCAAAAUGUACCUUCAACACGACACAGCUACCGACCAAGAGCUCGCCAGCUAUUGCGCUCGCUCCAAUCUUGACCGCGAUGUACUCUAUGAACUCCACGGCGGACAUUCGGUCAUCAGAAUCUCAAGCGACGUAGUCAUCAAAUACGGUUAUGGAUUAACGCAAGAAGAGGCGACGAGUCAGAUCCGAGCGUACGAUUUGAUUGACCAGACAAUUAUCCGCGUUCCCUGAGUACACCGGUUCGUCUCAUACAAGGACAUUAGAUACAUUAUAAUGGAAUACAUCGAUGGAAAACUUCUAA